AGCCAAGGAUCUUCUGCUUUGCUGUUCCGGACAGCCUCCAGAAGGGAUUACUGCACUCUUGAGAGAAAAGAGUCCUAAUUUAUCCAUUGGGGGACUGGCUGGCUGCCUCCACAGUUACGGCCUUAACGAGCAAUCUGGAAUAAUGGGAAGGGAGGCAGAAGCUCCCAAGAAGGAAGGCAGUUCAGUUUUUUAGCUGGUGGGAUGCAAGGGGCUUCCCUGCUGUGCCUUACAGGAGCUGACCGGUGUACAGACUAGUGUGUGAUGCCCUUGUCAGGCUGGAGCUCAGUACAAUGUGCCUGUCCCUUUAAAGCAGGGGAAAGCUGCUUCUCACACUCUGCCUCUGUGGGUGAAUGCAAGGCGCUGAGAUUGAGCUGCUUGAUGCCAGAUCAAGGGAAAGUGGAGCCAGAGCACAGUGAAAGGAGGGAGACGAGGAAACCUGCUGCAAAAGAGCACUCACAUUAGUGAAAUAGCAUUUCAGACAACCAUUGUGAUUUCAAAAUGCCUUUCCAUGUGGAGGGUCUGGUAGCUAUCAUUGUGUUCUACUUGGCAAUCCUGUUUGUUGGAAUAUGGGCUGCUUGGAGAACCAAAAACAGUGGAAGUGAUGGAGAUCGUAGUGAAGCUAUUAUAGUUGGUGGAAGAGACAUUGGCUUGCUGGUUGGUGGAUUUACCAUGACUGCCACCUGGGUUGGAGGAGGUUACAUCAAUGGGACAGCUGAGGCUGUCUAUGUGCCGGGAUAUGGACUGGCUUGGGCUCAGGCCCCCAUUGGAUAUUCCCUUAGUUUGAUUGUAGGUGGAUUAUUCUUUGCAAAGCCAAUGCGUUCCAAAGGUUAUGUGACAAUGUUGGACCCAUUUCAACAAAUUUAUGGAAAACGAAUGGGAGGGCUUAUUUUCAUACCUGCAUUAAUGGGGGAAAUGUUCUGGGCUGCAGCCAUCUUCUCUGCAUUAGGUGCUACCAUAAGUGUGAUCAUUGACGUCAACAUCAAUAUUUCAGUUAUUAUUUCUGCCCUAAUUGCAAUUCUGUACACACUUGUGGGGGGACUUUACUCAGUAGCCUACACUGAUGUGGUCCAGUUGUUCUGCAUUUUCCUAGGACUGUGGAUCAGUGUUCCAUUUGCAAUGUCCCAUCCUGCAGUGACAGACAUUGGGAUUACAGCAGUCCAUGAAGUAUACCAAAAGCCUUGGCUUGGCUUUGUUAAAACCCCUGACAUCUACACAUGGCUUGACAAUUUCCUCUUACUGAUAUUAGGGGGAAUCCCAUGGCAAGCAUAUUUCCAGCGAGUCCUUUCAUCUUCAUCUGCUAUGUAUGCUCAAGUGCUAUCAUUUCUGGCAGCUUUUGGAUGUCUUGUGAUGGCACUCCCUGCAAUACUCAUUGGUGCAAUAGGAGCAUCAACAGAUUGGAACCAGACUGAAUAUGGUAUGAUAGAUCCCAAGACAAAAGAUGAAGCUGAUAUGAUUUUACCAAUUGUCCUCCAGUAUCUUUGCCCGGUUUAUAUCUCCUUCUUUGGUCUUGGGGCAGUGUCAGCUGCUGUAAUGUCAUCAGCGGAUUCUUCCAUCUUAUCAGCAAGUUCCAUGUUUGCACGGAAUAUUUAUCAACUUUCAUUUCGGCAAAGUGCAUCAGACAAGGAAAUAGUUUGGGUCAUGCGGAUCACCAUUCUCUUGUUUGGAGCAUCAGCAACAGCAAUGGCCCUGCUUGCAAAAUCAGUUUAUGGACUCUGGUAUCUGAGCUCUGACCUGGUUUACAUCAUCAUCUUCCCUCAGCUCUUGUGCGUCCUUUUUAUCAAAGGAACCAACACCUAUGGUGCUAUUGCAGGAUACUCAUUUGGUCUUUUACUCCGAAUUACAGGAGGAGAACCAUAUCUGUACUUGCAGCCCUUGAUUUUCUAUCCUGGCUGGUACAAAGAUGAUGACGACAUUUACAUUCAGAGAUUUCCCUUCAAGACUCUGGCCAUGCUCACCUCAUUCUUCACUAACAUAGGAGUGUCCUAUUUGGCAAAAUACUUGUUUGAAAGUGGCACUUUGCCACCAAAAGUUGACUUCCUGGAUGCCGUUGUUGCAAAGUACAGUAAGGAGAACAUGGACAAGACAACACUUGUGAAAAAUGACAAUAUAAUUCUUAACGAGCUGGCCCCUGUGAACCCUCGUCACAGUUUGACUCUGAGCACCACGUUCACAAAUCGAGAGGCCUUCAGUGACAUUGAUUCAAGCCCAGAUGUAUCCAAUGCAGAAGAUAAUUGACAGUGACCCAACUGAAGGGAAGCAUUUCUUUCAUAUCCCCUACAGUGCAACAGGGUAUGCCACAAAGAAAGGUUGGGGACAUCUAGUUGGGGGGAAGAAGGGGAACAAAACAUCCCUGCACAAUUCUCUAAGUUAAUUUUUAGAAACAGGAAUUAACUGUU